CGAGCGUACGCGCCAUUAAAAAUGCCGAAACGCAGUGCACAAGAAAAAUUGGAUAGCUACAAAAGAAAGAUAAGGAAAAUAGAAGAACGAGAAAAGCGUAAAAAAGAAACAUCUCGACGUCGAAUUCGACGUCUCUUAGACUCGUCAGAGGACGAGAACAACGAAGAUACAAAUUACAUGGAAUCUCGAGAUGCGACGGAGCCACAGAUGGGCCUGUUGACUCCACAAGAUGAAGUGAUGGCAGCACCGGUCUCAGAAGUGCUGGAUGUUGUGACGCCCGAGCAAGGCUCGGCGGAGCCCGUCACUGAGCCAACGUCCGAAGUAGCCUUGGACCCUGAAUUGUUAUUCGCCCUAGGUGCUUCCACAUCCGAUACACCAGAAUUUGGUAAUAAUAUUCAUGACAGUUUAAGUAACUUAUGGACCCCAAUAUUAAAGAAAGGACUUCCAAGAGAGGACAAGGACAAGCUUACAAAGGAGUACCUCCUACCCAGUAAUUGUAAAAUGUUACAAGCACCCAAGCUUAAUGCUGAAAUAUCCGCUGCUGUGGCAGAGGUUGUAAGAGGACGUGAUAAAAAGCUAGUCAGAUUCCAACAACAACUCGGUAUAGGUACCGCAGCAAUAAGCAGAGGGAUAGACACUCUGCUUACAUCUAAUGACAAGAUCGUGGCUUUGAAACAAUUAAGUGAUGGUUGCCGUUUUUUAACUGAUUUACAUCAUUUAUUAUCCAAAGACAGGAUUAAGUUGGUCACACCUAGCCUGGAAAAAAAUUUCCUGACAGUCAUUCAAGAUGCUGAAAGGGACGAGACGUUGUUUGGCAGUUCAUUAUCUGAAAAGAUUAAAGCCAGCCAGGCUAUUAGUAGACAAAGCUCUCAAAUAAAGGCUUCGACGAAUCAGAAAGCUGCUGGUAGUGUCGGCUCCACGCAGUCAUCGGCUAAUCGUCCUGUCCCGGGAAAUUGGUCAGGACCUCCUCGUUACCCGUCAAACAGGGGGGGGAGGGGAGGUCAGCGGAGGCCGGCAGCGUCAACACCGCGCCGGACAUACCCCCUAAACCAAGCACAAGCCAAGACUUUCAACCACCAACCCAAGACACGUGCAACUGCACAGUAGCUCAGGGAGUACCAUCCCCUCUACCACAAGCUUACACUGGGUGCCGCGAGACUGUGCGGGCGGCGUUCGCGCGCCGCGGCACGCCACCAGAGGCGCUCGACUUGAUGAUGGCGUCUCUGUCUGACAGCACUGUUAAGCAGUACAAUGUAACCUUAAAGUUAUGGUGGCAGUUUUGUUCGGUUCAUAAUAUUGACGGUUUUAAUUGUUCAGUUCCAUCGGUUUUAUCUUUCUUAACGGAGCAAUUUGCAAAAGGAUGUUCAUAUGGCUCUCUUAACACGUUCAGAUCGGGACCUCAUGAACUGUAUUUGGUAUCCAACGGGGCAAAUCUUCAUGUGGCCACCGAUGGUACAUCACCGCCCCAUAAACCAAAAAACCUGCCAGGCGGGGUGCGCCACCGGUGGACACGGCUAACGAUUACGCGCGAAAUUAUGCAUUCUCUCUCUUUUUAACGGUCAUUGGAAGAUUCCUAUAAUAGGAUAAUUGUUUUGUCUAAAUUAUAAAACAGAUGAUCAGCAAAUCUAGCUCUGAUAAUCAAUCAGAUGACGCUGCAGGUGAAGGUGAGCCGAUUGUUCAACGGAAGCCAAAACAUAAGUUAGAAAAAACCGAAGGAAUGCUUAGAAAUACCCGAAAGAGAUGCAGGCCUUGUUACGAUCGUAUUACAACGGCUGAAUCUGCGGCUAUGGCUAGAAAAAAAUCCAAACGCGUGAAUACUUUUUGCUCUGCAUGUGACAACAAACCAAUGUGUUUGGAUUGUUUCAAUAUGAUUCAUCAAAAAUAAUUUUCUUAUUUACCAUCAAUGUCUUUAUAUUUUUUUUAUGUUUCAUUUAGUUUUUAUAUAAAAAAAACAUUUUUGUGAUCCAGCAGAAAUAAGCUGCAUUUCGUACCAUUUAUCGUGACUGUGCCAUAUUUUGUUCCUAAUAAAUACCAUUUUUCAA